GUGUGGGAAAGGCAGCAGUUGACGAUGAAGACCUACCUAGCGAUCGUUUUAUUUUUACUCUUCCCCAAUUAUUUCCCUGAAUAGUUGUGGAAAGGCCCACUCCCGACGCGUGUAGGCCGUGUGUAUAGGUUGUACGUCGGUUGUCGAUAGCGGGAGGAGGCACAGUAGCACAGUCGUCAGAUACCUAAGGGGCGUUCAAGAAGCGGACGGCAGAUGUUGGUCGUGCGGUAUUCGUAUUGGUGCUGUUGCGCGGUGGACGGACACAGGGGCGUGUUAUUACUGAGUGCGUAUGCUAAUAAUGAUCUCGACGUAGGAAUGGAUGGGUGCGUGGAUAUUCCAGGUUCGAGCCAGCUCCGCCUGGUGUUGCGUUGCUUUGCUCUGCUCUGCUCUGCUCUGCUCUGCUCUGCUCUGCUCUGCUCUGCGUUGCUUCGCUCUGGGCUGCUCUGCUCUGCUCUGCUUUGCUUUGCUCUGCUCUGCUUUGACCUCCCCGCGGUUGCUGACGAGGGAGGGGGGGAGGGGAGACCCGGCUGUUAUGUCGAGGAGGGAGGGCGUGCAGAAGGCCUCUGGGCACGAGUAAUGCAAGGGCAUGCGGCUGCAGGCGAACGAAGGAACGACUCAACGGCGUGCCUUUUUCUGCUCUUGGCACAGGCGCGCACCACUGCACGGAGACAAAACUAGAACUGGAGGAGUCGGGGCGGGUGUCAGGCGUGGCCAGAGUCGAGGAGGAGGUUGUUCAGGAGAGGGUCGAUGAGCUUCGAGGGAAGACGGGAGGAGGGAG